AUGAUCUUUCUUGAAAGUGCUAUUCAUGCUGGGAUACAGAAACGAGUGCUGGAGAUGACCGAAGCCAGAUCAACUAAGAAGCUGGAUAAUGGCCUAUCUCUGAACGAGAGAUUGGCAAGGGACCGAUCGCUAAUAGAUCUAUCAAAACUAAAGCAGAUUGGUGGCGGGUGUGGAAUUGCUGUCCUGGGAUACUCGAGCCGUGUGGUGAAAUCGCAUCGCGAGUCAAGAACUGACUGCCAAGGCUGA